CAUUUUAUUUUAAGUGGCAUACCAGUUCCUCUGUUGUUUUUCACUAGACAGAGUCCAGCAGAUCGAUUUUCACAUGCUCACGGAGCAACCAGUGCAUGGAACGGUGGAUCUGGAGUUCGGGAGUGCAGAAGCAGAGCAAUUUCUGAUUCUAUUCUACUUAUUCUAUUACCCGACCAACCAUCGCAAGGGAUUAGUGGCAGAGGAAUCUUUCUUUUCUUUGUAUAUGAAGCUGACGUUCACUGGCCUGAUGUCCAGGAGAAACAUUCCGAAGAGAAAAUAGGAGAAGAGAAGCCAUGGGAGGAAGAGGUGGCGAUCCCCAAACUGGGCCGCUGCUGGAGAAGCUCCCGGAGUCCUCUUGCAGUUCAUCCGAGGAGCAUCCGGUCAAAAGAACUGGCACGGUAUGGACGGCGUCCGCGCACAUCAUCACGGCGGUGGUCGGCUCCGGCGUGCUGUCGCUGGCGUGGAGCGUGGCGCAGCUCGGCUGGGUUGGGGGGCCGGCGGCCAUAGUGUUCUUCGCCGGGGUCACCGUGGUGCAGUCCUCCCUGCUCGCCGAAUGCUACGUUUCUCGAGGAGAUCCGGAGCGAGGCGGCGUCAUCAGGAACAAGUCUUACAUGGACGCCGUGAGGUUUUACCUAGGUGAGAAGAGGCAGAUGUUGAGCGGAUUUUUCCUUAGCAUUAGCCUGUUUGGGAGCGGCGUUGUGUAUACUCUCACCACAGCCACUAGUAUGAGGGCGAUUCACGAAGCGAACCACUACGGCCGGGAAGGCCACGGCGCACCGUUCUCUAGCGCUGCUGCCAGGGGCUCAGACGUUUACUACAUGCUCCUGUUCGGCCUCGCGCAGGCAGUGCUGUCGCAGAUACCGGACUUCCACAAUAUGGCGUGGCUCUCCGUCUUCGCCGCCGUCAUGUCCUUCUUCUAUUCUUUCGUCGGCUUCGGCCUCGGCGCCGCCAAAGUGAUCGAGAACGGAGUGAUCAAGGGGGGAAUCGGAGGCAUUCCCCUGGCAUCCCCGAUGCAGAAGGUGUGGCGCGUCGCACAGUCCCUCGGGGACAUCACCUUCGCCUACCCUUACACCUUGGUGCUGCUGGAAAUAGAGGACACGCUGAGGUCGCCGCCAGCAGAGAGCAAGACGAUGAAGGCGGCAUCGAGGGCAAGCAUCGCGAUCACCACCUUCUUCUACCUCGGCUGCGGGUGCUUCGGCUACGCGGCGUUCGGCGACGGCACGCCGGGGAACCUCCUCACCGGCUUCGGAGAGCCCUACUGGCUCAUCGAUCUCGCCAACCUCUGCGUCGUCCUCCACCUUCUCGGCGGCUACCAGCUGUACAGCCAGCCGGCGUUCGCGCUCGUGGAGCGGCGGUUCGGGGCGGAGGCCUCGUGGGUCGUCAAGGUGGAGCUGCCGCUGCUCGGCUGGCGUUGCCAUGUGAACGUGUUCAGGCUGUGCUUUCGCACGGCGUACGUGGCGGCGGUGACGGCGGUGGCCAUGUGGUACCCCUACUUCAACCAGGUGGUGGGGCUGAUCGGCGCCUUCACCUUCUGGCCGCUGGACAUCCACUUCCCAGUGGAAAUGUACCUCGCGCAGGCCAAGGUGGUGCCGUGGACGACGCGGUGGCUCGCCAUCCAGGCCUUCAGCGCCACCUGCCUGCUCGUCGCCGCCUUCGCCUCCGUUGGGUCCGCCGUGGGGGUGUUCGGCCCCGACAGAAGCUAAGAGCAUCUCCAUCCAUUCGGUUCCUUGAGCGUGAAAUAGCUUCGUUCGGCGACGCGCCGGGGAAAAAAUCGGUCUAGAGGGUUCGGGUUUUCAGUCGUCCCCUUUCCCCAAAGAUCAUUCCAAAUGUUUUUUUGAAAAAAAUAAACUCAGCUCACAUUCGACUGAAACCGAGUCAAAUUCGAAGGAAAUUCAUAGUUUCAUU